CCCAAUUAUUCCAGCUAUUCAUUCAUUCAAGCACACGAGUCAAACUAAAGAGUCAAAAGUUGUGCGGUUUCAACUGUGUAAUUUCUAUUACAGAAUAUUUAUACUUGUAAAACGAAUAAUAGUAUUAAUAAACAAUGACAGACGUUGCGAAGAAGGUUCAAGACUAUAAAGAUUCACUCAAACAAAAGGCAGAGCACCUAAUUAUAAAAGGAUUUCCAGAAAAGAUAGUAAAGUUGAAUGAACUUCUAGAAACGUCAAAUUUUCAAAAUCGAGAUCUUUCAGAUGUUCAUCAGGACUUAAACAUUCCAGUGCCUCCUCCAGCUCAGUCUGUGAAUGAGCCAAAUGCUAAAAGGCAGCGUAUAGACUCAUCUGAGGUAUCAAGUAAUUCAACUAUUGAAGGCACUAGAGUGUAUGCACUGCCUAAUGGAACAGUACCAUGUAAUAAGCCUCUUAGUGAUCUAAUACAUCUUGUCAAACCUCAUAUUAGAGAACUUGUUGAAGACUCAAACUUACUUAAAAUGUGGAUUUCAUUUAUGAUUCCAAAAAUAGAGGAUGGAAAUAACUUUGGUGUGUCAAUACAAGAAGAUACUCUUGCUGAGAUACAAUCUGUGGAAUCGGAAGCUGCAGCUUUCUUUGACCAAAUUUCACGGUACUUUAUUUCACGAGCAAAGAUAGUAUCCAAGGUUGCAAAAUAUCCACAUAUUGAUGACUACAGAAGAGCUGUUAGAGAACUAGACGAGAAGGAGUAUCUGUCUCUUUGGCUUGUUAUGUGUGAGAUUCGCAACCGCUAUUGUUCUUUACAUGACAUUGUCAUUAAGAAUCUAGAAAAAAUUAAAAAGCCACGCUCGUCUAAUGCAGACUCAUUAUAUUAGGUCCUAACUUUAAUCUCAACUAGUAAUCUUAGGUGCAAGGAUACCUUGUGAAUUUUAAGGGUAACUACCGAAAAUUUAUCUCGUUUUUUAUUCACUAGGUAUAUCACUGUAUAUAUUUAAUUGACAGUAUUUAAACACAUAGGUGAUUAGGUGCAAAACUAAUGUGCUAUAUACUAUAGCACGUAAUAACUGUUUAAAAUAGACACAAUACUUAGCUAACUUUCUCUAAUGUUAGCAAUCACAAUCCAAAAAAAUUUUUUUUAAAUCACUAGUGAGUAAAAAAAUAGAUAUUUGUCAUAUUGUGGUUUUGUAGCAAGAAUUGUUUGUAUUAUAUGGUGAGACUGAACUAACACAUUUUAAUAUUUCUUAUAUAAAAUGUCAUAUACAAAUUGGUGUCAUAAUUGCUUAUAAUAAAAAUUUUAUAUGGAUGAAUUAACUUUUAAUGUUAUAGCAAGAGUUGAUGCAAUAAUUUUGUUUUUUGCACAUUUGGUCGCCGCAUACAUAACUGAAAUUGCAAAGCAACAAAAUUAUUAUUAAUUGAAUGCUAACAAUGAAUGAAUGUAGAAUGUUAAGAAAACAAUGAUAUGAUCUGACUCUUUAAUAAUUUUAAAUUAUUAAAUGAUGUUUGAAUAAAAAAUAAUUAGCAACUGUUCUAUACAAACUUUAAAGCUUUAGCAUAUAUUAUUCUGUAAUGUGUAAUAAAAGAAUGUAGAGAGCUUGAAAAUAUUCCAUGAUUUUAUUUAAUAGUAUCUUGCUAUAAAACUUCAAUGUGAUUUCUUGUUCAACCAUCGAGUGAUCCCAAAUUUUAUUCUUUAUGAGACAUUAGUUUAAGUGCAUAAUGUUGUAUUUACACUAUUAAAAUAAUCCAUUUAAACUGAUAAGCUAAUUUUAAUUUAUUGUACCACUGUUUCGUUUAGGAUUGCCUCUUCAUAAAUUUGUAAUUUCAUAACCUACCACCUACCAUCAUCAACCGUUUUGAGAAUUUUCGAUGAUUGGCUAAAACAGAUUGUUAAGUAAAAUUAUAAUCAAUUCAAUAAAAUACGUUUCUACGAA